AUGAGAAAAUUUGCCGAUUUUGUUUUUCUAGGAGGCUUUUUAAUUUUGUUUGCACUCUACUGGACGCUGCAGCAUGUCUUGGUUUUAGAAGCUCGGGGACAAAGAGCAAUUCGAGUUCGGAGAUGGAAGUUCGGGUACCGAGCGGAACUGAAACGACAGCAAACUCCAUCUUCGUCAGGGAAGGUUUCAAUUGAAACUAAAAAUUCCAAAAUUUGUCCAGACCAUCGACGUUGGCCGUUAGAAGGCAUGUUAAAAAUAUCUUUUGCUAUCAUCGGUAUUGCAAGAGAGAUAUGUGCUGCCUUUCCAAAGGGAACAUUCAGACAUGUAGAAGACAUUCACCAUGCGUCCAUGUAUGCUAUGUUUGUAUUAUCUGGAGUGGUGGAUAUCUUCUGCCAAUCAAAAAUUAUUUUUCCAAAAGGAACCAGCAACUUUGUGUUAGCACUCGCGUUUGGUGUCGAAGCUUUGAUUUUGGCAAAAGUCGAGAUAAAAUCAUCUAUGGAGGAGGAAAUACAGUAUCUUCUUGUGUGGACAGUGCUGUUAUGUUUUUUAUUCACUUUUGCAGAGAUGCGUUUCCCUACCCACAUCCCUUUGAAAUUUGUUAGGUCAUAUUUCACUUUAUUGCAAGGAUGUUGGUCAGUUCAGAUGGGGUUUAUCUUUAAUAAUUCUACUCCCUCAACUUCGGGCUUAUCACCGUGGAUUUCCAGCAUAAACAAAUCUGAUAAGUUUCGCAUCUGGGUAUCACUAAUUUUUUCGUGGUACAUAGGUGGAGCUUUCAUUAUGAUGUCCAUCUUUGCUACUAUUAUUAUGCUUAUUAAACGUAAGGGCAGGUGCUGGCGUUCUAUGGGAACUUGGUGUAACGGAAGUUCAGAAGAAGCGGAAUCGCUCCCUAGUUUUCUUGGUGGCUGGGAAGAAACAGAACCUUUAUAUCCAUAG